UUACAGUUGUGUCGACUUCAACUCCCAGAAUUCUCCAGGCAAUUAUGCCGGCGGGGGAAUUCUGGGACUUGAAGUCCACAAGUCUUUUUUUUUUUUUUUUAAAUUGCCAAUUUGGAGGGGGGGAAAAAGCUCCGGGGCACGCGGGAGGCAGGCUCUCCCCGGGCAUCCCGCGCCACAACUCCGCCCACGUACGGGCUCCGCUCGCCUUCGCCUUCAGCUCCGGCCCGGGAAGGGGCGGAGCCGGCGCCGGAAUCCUCCUGCUGGGCGCCCGGCUUGCGACGCGCCUUGGCGGGAAGGAAGCGGCGUUUUCGGAAGAGCAGGGCUUGGCAAAUGUGCUGGUUGUGAAAAUGGCAGUGCCGUUUGUGGAAGACUGGGACUUAGUGCAGACUCUUGGUGAAGGGGCUUAUGGAGAAGUUCAACUCGCUGUGAAUAGGCGCACAGAGGAAGCAGUGGCAGUGAAAAUGGUGGACAUAAAAUGUGCUGUUGAAUGUCCGGAACAGAUCAGGAAGGAGAUCUGUAUCAACAAAAUGUUGAAUCAUGAGAACAUUGUGAAAUUCUAUGGACACCGAAGAGAAGGCACUAUUCAGUAUCUCUUCCUCGAAUAUUGCAGGGGGGGCGAGCUCUUUGACCGAAUAGAACCUGAUAUCGGCAUGCCAGAAUCAGAAGCACAGAAAUUUUUCCACCAGUUAAUCGCUGGCGUGGUCUACCUCCAUAGCAUAGGAGUGACACAUCGGGAUAUUAAGCCAGAGAAUCUGCUACUUGAUGCAAGAGACAACCUCAAGAUCUCAGACUUUGGGCUCGCUACGGUAUUUAAAUAUAACGGCUCUGAGCGACUGUUGAACAAGAUAUGCGGCACGCUUCCAUACCUGGCCCCCGAAGUCCUGAAAAAGAAAGAAUUCCAUGCUGAGCCGGUUGAUGUUUGGUCCUGUGGAAUCGUGCUCACUGCAAUGUUGGCAGGCGAAUUGCCUUGGGACCAGCCUGCUGAUACUUGUCAAGAAUAUUGUGAUUGGAAAGAAAGAAAGACAUAUCUUUCCCCAUGGAAGAAGAUUGAUUCAUUGCCCCUCGCCUUGCUCCUCAAACUCUUAAAUGAAAGCCCCUCAUCCAGGCUUACUAUCGCAGACAUUAAAAAAGACAGAUGGUACACAAAACCUUUAAGGAAAGGCAUAAAACGGUCUCGGGUUUCUUCAGGAGGACCUUCCGAUUCUCCAGGAGGUUUUUCUAAACACAUUAGAUCAGAUAUGGAUUUCUCUCCAGUAAAAGAUGCACACAGUGAGGAAAAAAAGAUCUGUUCCAAAUCCCAGCCAGAACCAAGAACUGGGCUCUCCUUGUGGGAUAGCAGCCCAGGCAAUAUCGAGAAAUUGGUGCAAGGGAUUAGCUUCUCUCAACCCACCCGCCCUGAGCAUAUGCUGCUGAACAGCCAGCUGUUAGGCACUCCAGGUUCAUCACAGAACCCCUGGCAACGUCUAGUAAAGAGGAUGACCCGUUUCUUUUUGAAAUUGGAUGCUGACCAGUCCUAUCAAAUCUUGAAGGAGGUUUGUGAAAAGAUGGGCUACAUCUGGAGGACAGGUUGCAGAAACCAGGUCACCAUAUCAACCAUGGACCGAAGAAACAACAAACUAAUUUUCAAAGCCAACCUGGCGGAAAUGGAUGAGAAAAUUCUGGUGGAUUUCCGAUUGUCAAAGGGUGAUGGCUUGGAGUUCAAAAGGCAUUUCCUGAGGAUCAAAGAGAAACUGAAUGAUGUUGUUAGCCCACAGAAGUUAUGGCUUCCAGUGACAUGAUUGCCUUGUGGUUGAAAAACAAGUGAAUUUGGUUACAGUGGUUUCAGCCAUAGAACAUUUAUGCUAAGGCAUACCCUAAAUUCACACACUCAGUGCCUCUAGGCUCUGACAUGACCAGUAGCCAACUGGGAAGUUAAUACUGCGAUGAGACAUAAUUAUGUAUUUUUCCUAGGGUAACUGUCAUGAAAAUUUCCAGUGACUUAGAUUUCUCAGGCUUUCAGCUUGCAUUCUACUUUAUACAGAUUAAUUCAAAUGUUUUGGCACGCUGCCUUUUCUAGAUGGGAAUGUUUUCUUCUUUCUUUCCAAAAUGUGACACAAGAAUACAAACUGAAUUUUUGCAAAGAGUAGAAGAAGGAAAUUAAAUGAAAACCAGCACCAAGUAACAACUCGCUUUGUAUACAAUCCAGGGAGCAAGGUUGUUGAAUUUUCAAACUCCAGCACAAACUCCAUAUCAGAAUACUUGGCUUAGCUUGAAAUUAGUUUUUGGUCAAGUGUUGUUGGAAAAAAAAAAAAGUGGCACAUUUCUCUUCUAUUUCAUUUUUUAAUUUUUCACUUUGAAGAAAGAAAAUGUUACAGAUGUUAUUAAUGUGAUUUGUUAAAAUAUUUUUUCUAUGUCCUAUGUCUCUUCCAUAAAAACUUCUGUCUUGUUGAGCACUAAAAAUAUAUAAAUAGGAAUGGGAUAAGAUCAGCAGUUUUUCCUGUAUCCCAGUGUUUCCCAAACUUGACAAUUUUAAGGCAUGAGGACUUCAACUCCCAGAAUUCCACAGCCAGCAACGCUGGCUGUGGAAUUCUGGGAGUUGAAGUCCACAUGCCUUAAAAUUGUCAAGUUUGGGAAACACUGCUGUAUCCUAUCACUCUUAGUUCGUUAGACAUUCCAGAUGUUUCAGACACUUAUUACCUCAUGUCUGAAUGCUGCUUGAUUGGACCAUUAAGAACACAGAGAAGAGUGGAGACAUGGACCUUUGUUCUCACCGUGGUGCUGACCAAUUUUACUUAACCAUGUUCAGCAAUAUAAUUUUUUAAAAAGAGAAAAUAAAGCAAUGAAUAAA